AAUGAGCCUGAGAAGAUAAUCUUGGAACGUUCUCCCCAGCUGCAGGACAACUCCGGUUUGCGCCGGAGGUCAGAUGGGUGGAGCCAUGAGAAGCUCUGGUGGAGUGUUGUCUACCUGUGGAGAUGUUCCUCGCUCUCUGCCUCCCCAGUGACCCACCUGCAGGUACCUGCUCUACCCAGAACACACGACUCCUGAGCUGAGCUCUGCAGAUACCAGACAUUCUGGUGCAGGAGGACACCAGAACCCUCCAUCAUCUGUGUCAGACUGAAGGGUGGAAGCUCGGUGAUGCUCUAGGGAAGGAGGUCCAGGAGGUUCUAGAUGAUGACGAGACCUCUGGUUUGAGUUUGGAGGGAUCUGGUCCAGGUCAGGACCCCCGCCGGACCACAUGAACCUAGACCAGGAGCUGGACCGAGCCCAUCUGGAUGUCAGGAGGGAAGCCUCAGAACCCAGAAGAGCACAAAGCUUCUGCAGAACUUAGAGACAUGAAAAAGUUCUGCUCCUCCUCCUGAUCCAGAACCAGUCUCUCCUCCCUCUCCUCUCAUCAGAACCCCUCCUACCGGACCCUACCAGACCCAGCGCUCGGUUCCGUGCGUAAAAGCGCUUCACUCGCGUUGGACAGCAGAGCGUGCGGACGGACCUCCGGUACCGGAGGAGGAGACGGGUUAAACCCCGAACUUGAACCUACCUGCAGCCCCACCUGGACCAGUUGGUCUGACGGUCCCGGUCUCGGUCAGAGUUGGACCGUGGAGGGAUGCCACAGAACCGAGGAGAGAAGUUCGCGUGUUAACGAGCCGGACCGAGAGGAGGUUCGGUUCGGACGGACCUGGAUCUAAAGCAGCUGCUGCCGUGGAUGGCAGCGGAGAGCCGCGGGACGGGUCCAGUCCGGGCGGAACCGGAGCGCUCCGAACCGGGAUCUGGGUCCGGAACCGGAGCUCCGCGCUGAGCCCGGAGAGAGCAGGUGGCGACAGAGAGCAGUUGUAAAAUGGAUUUAUCGCCUGGAAUCCUAUGAUCAAAUAUGGAGGCCAUCAACGCCACGCAGGAGGUCUCCCACCCCUCGAAUGACAACAAUCCUGGUUACCAUGACUACGAUUCAAGCAUCGACAUCCCGCCUCCAGCACUGCCCACAGGCGUGGAGGGGGUGACUUUUCCUGAGGACCCCAUCAGGUUGCUCAGUGUUCAGGUGGUGCUGAUUCUGGCUUACAGCACCAUCAUCGUGCUGGGGGUUCUGGGUAAUUCUCUGGUCAUCUACGUCAUCUAUCGCUUCAAGACCCUACGGACCGUCACCAACUUCUUCAUCGCUAACCUGGCUGUUGCCGACCUGCUGGUCAACACGCUGUGCCUCCCCUUCACCCUGGUCUACACGCUGCAGGGGGAGUGGAAGUUCGGCAGCACCCUCUGCUUCCUGCUGCCCUUCGCCCAGGGCCUCGCCGUGCACGUGUCCACGCUCACGCUCAACGUCAUCGCCCUGGACCGCCACAGGUGCAUCGUGUACCACCUGGAGACCAGGAUGCGUAAGGACGUGUGUUUCGGUGUGAUCGCUCUCACCUGGGUCCUGAGCGGCGUCCUGGCCAGCCCUCUGGCCAUCUUCAGAGAGUACGGCUCCUUCACCCUGGAGCCAGGACACACCAUCCAGGUUUGUACGGAGAAGUGGCCCGGUAAGAACACCGAUGGAACCCUCUACAGCAUCUCCAUGCUGAUCCUGCAGUACUUCCUGCCGCUGUCCAUCAUCUCCUUCGCCUACGCUCGCAUCUGGUCCAAACUACGAGGCCACGUCAGCCCAGCGGAGAAUGGCGGCACCAGCAGCGCCGGCUCCGAGCGACACCGCCGGCGCCGCAAAACCACUAAGAUGCUGGUGACCAUGGUGGUGGUGUUUGCCGUCAGCUGGCUGCCCUUCCACGCCUUCCAGCUGGCCACCGACAUCGACAGCACGGUGCUGGACAUGCGCGACUUCCGCCUGCUCUACACCCUCUUCCACGUGGUGGCCAUGUGCUCCACCUUCGCCAACCCGCUGCUCUACGGGUGGAUGAACCGCAACUACCGCGCCGCCUUCCUCGCUGUCUUCAAGUGUCGUAGGGAGAGGGGGAGGGGAGGGCGGCUGGACAGCAUCCAUCCCACCGGGGGAGGGGGAGGAGGGAGGGCAAAGAAGAUUGUUCUGGAGACCCAGGACGCCAUGUCGGCCCAUCUGAACGCCACUGAUGUGUGAGGACAGUCAGAGGAACCUUGGUGGAGGAGAACAGAAGAGGAUGGAGCAGAAGGACGUCAGGAGAAGAGGAGGAGGAGACGAUGGAGGACUAGAGACUCUGGGACUUUUGGGACAACAGGAGGAGCGUCUCUGAGAGGAUGUGACUUCCUGAGCUGGGAGAAGAACUUUUUGGACUAAUUGUACUUUUGAUGGAUGUAAGAAAAUCUGAUUGAGCUGAAAAGUAACGUGUCUUCUUCUCCUCCUCCUGUUCAUGUCCAACAGCAGGAGGACUCAUCUGAUGCUUGAGGACGUCUGACCUCAUAUGAAUGAAACUGAACAGACUGAAGGAGGAUGAAGAGGAGAUCUUCAUCAGAAGAAGAGGAUGGAGGCUGGAUGUAAAACUGCUGUCAGACCAACUCAUGAAUGUUUCAACAUAAAAACUCGGGUUUUCAGAUUCAUUCUGACUUUAUUGUUUUUAUACAUUUGCUGGUUAAGAAGCUCCAGGUUGUGUUUUGGGCUGAAUAUCGAGUUGCAUUCAUCACAGAGAUAAAUAAUGAGAAUAAAAACAAGCAGACUGGGAUAUAACACAACAAAGACUCAAACAUUUAAUGUUAAAUAAAAACAAGUGAGCGAGUUUUACUGACGUCACGGCUCCUUUAUGGAGUACCAGAGGGUCAGUCGUUGCUUUUAACCUCCAUGAACUUUUGUUUCCUCUAAAUAAAGAAGAAAGUCUCUGAACUGCA